AUGUCCACCAAAUUACCGCCGCAUCGCCAUCUGAACACCACCUACGAGGAAGAGGCUAUUGGAGCAACUUUUGGAGCAGACAAGUUGCUUCACCUAGCCCAACCUGACCCUGAAAGUAUUCUCAAAAAGAUACCGGAGUUUUCGUUUGUGCACUUCGCCUGUCAUGGUGCCUCGAUCAAUAACAACCCGAACAGGAGCGGGCUUGUACUGGUUAAGGACGGAAAGCCUGCAGAUCUGACGAUUGCCAAUCUUGAGGAGAUUGAGCUUAAAGAGAGUUCCGCAGCUUAUCUUUCAGCAUGCUCUACAGCCCAGCAAGCAGAUAGCAAGCUUGCCGGGGAAGCCAUACCUCUGGCUAACUCUUUCCAGGCAUUGGGCUUCCGGCACGUCAUAGGGACUAUGUGGGGAGCAGACGACACUGCAGCCGGGGAGGUAGCGAGGAGGUUCUACAAGAAACUCAUGUCACCCACUGAAAAUAGCAUGGGCGAUGGGCAGCUAAAUGCUGCGACUGCGCUGCACGAAGCUGUCAAGGAGUAUAGAACUGCGUGCUUAAGUGGGGUCCUUUCAUUCAUGUUGGUAUCUAGGAAAGCAUGGUCUGUAUGUGUAUACAACGAAUCGUCGUAUAGUUGA